GUCACGGGAGGGGGCGGAGCAGGAAUCUGUGCUGGGGCUGUAUGUUGCUGAGAGGAACGCAUCAUCAACCUGCAAGGAGUGGCAGUUUCUUCCCUGCUGCAAGACAUCCUGAUCUCCCCUGCAACAAGCAGAUCUCCCCCGAGGGAUGGAUGGAUGGAUGGGGCUCAUGCACGUUAUUCUAAAUGAUCGGCUGCAAGAAGGAAAAGUAGCGCUUUUCUGAAGCGUGUGAAAGAUGAGCACAGUCCUAUACAUUUAAAUCAAGUCACUUCUCUGCCCUCCUCAUGUCGAAAUGUCAACAAGACAACGCAGUCCUCGCCAUGGCGCCAGGCCUCACUCCACUUAUGAAGUCACCUCUGAAAUGCUGGGCUUGUCACUGGCUGGAAACUUCCAAGACCCAGAUGAGCCAAUUUUGGAGUUUAGUUUGGCUUGUAGUGAGCUUACUACCCCAUCAUUGGAUCGGAAGCCAAAUAGCUUUGUUGCUGUUAGUGUCACAACCCCACCUCAGGCUUUUUGGACAAAGCAUGCCCAAACAGAAAUCAUAGAGGGAACAAGCAAUCCUAUUUUUCUUAGCAGCAUUGCCUUCUUCCAGGACUCUCUCAUAAAUCAAAUGACCCAGAUUAAGUUGUCUGUGUAUGAUGUCAAAGACCGAUCUCAGGGAACUAUGUAUAUGCUAGGCUCUGGAAAGUUUAUAGUAAAGGAUUUAUUACAUGAGAAGAGCCACAGAUUACACCUGCCACUAUGGUCUGCUGAACAAGAACGUGUAGGUAACAUCACUGUUAUAGGUUGGCAAAUGGAAGAGAAAGUUGAUCAGCGUCCUCCUGUUAAUAGAUCACUGGAUACUGUUAACGGAAGAACUGUAAUUCCAGUUGAUGAAAGCUUAACAGAAUGUUUAGGAAUACGUUCAAAAUAUGCAUCUUUACGGAAAGAUACACUUCUGAAAUCGGUGUUUGGAGGUGCAAUCUGCCGCAUGUACCGAUUUCCUACAACAGAUGGUAACCAUCUGCGGAUACUGGAGCAAAUGGCCGAGAGUGUCCUUUCGUUAAAUAUACCCAGACAGUUUGUAAAACUCCUGCUGGAAGAGGAUGCUGCCAGAGUUUGUGAGCUUGAAGAGCUGGGGGAGCUGUCUCCAUGCUGGGAGAAUCUUCGCAGACAAAUUGUAACGCAAUAUCAGACCAUCAUAUUGACCUACCAAGAGAAUAUGACAAAUCUCCAUCAGUACAAAGGUGUUUCUUUUAAAGCAAGCAGCUUAAAGGCAGAUAAGAAAUUAGAAUUUGUUCCUACCAAUUUACACAUUCAAAGAAUGAGGGUUCAAGAUGAUUCUACAUCAGAUCAAAACUACGAUAUAGUGACAAUAGGAGCACCAGCUGCCCAUUGUCAAGGAUUCAAAUCUGGGGGGUUACGGAAGAUUUUGCACAAGUUUGAAGAAGCAAAAAAAAACAGUUUUGAGGAAAGUUGUACUUCAGCGGGCCCCCAGUCUAUUGUUUACAUACCACAGGACAUUAUCCGAGCCAAGGAGAUCAUUGCUCAUAUCAAUACUCUGAAGACACAAGUCAGUUAUUAUGCAGAAAGGCUUUCAAGGUCAGCCAAAGACAGAUCAGCCAGUGGCAUUGAGCGUACGCUGACGAUUUUGGCAGAUAAGACAAGGCAGCUGGUCAAAGUGUGUGAUUGCAAACUAUUAUCCAGUGCAAUACAAGGACUCAAUGCUGCUAGGCCUGACUACAUUGCUUCCAAAGCUUCUCCUACAUCAGCUGAGGCAGAUCAAGUUAUGCUGAGGAAUGACCAGGAUACUCUAGUGGCGCGAUGGACGGGGCGGAGCAGCAGGUCAUCACUCCAGGUGGACUGGCACGAGGAAGAAUGGGAUAAAGUCUGGUCGAAUGUGGAGAAAAGCCUUGAAUGCAUUAUUCAGCGGGUUGACAAGCUUUUGCAGAAGGAGCGCCUACAAAGUGACAGCUGUGAUGAUGUUUUUCAGUGUGAAAUUAGCUGCACUAGCAAGAAAGGUAAUCCAAGGAGAGCGUAUUGGAUAAACCCAGAGGCCUCUGAUGAUGGGGCUGUGUUGUCAUCCACAUCAUCUCCAUGUCCUGCAUGCCAUCCCUCCCGGUUUACAAAUAGCAGCUUGACUACAGAAGAGGCCGGGCCAGGAGAAUGGAGUGAGGCACUUUACCCUUUACUGAGCACACUAACAGACUGUGUAGCUAUGAUGAGUGAUAAAGCAAAGAAAGCCAUGGUGUUCCUCCUAAUGCAGGACAGUGCUCCCACCAUUGCCCUGUGCUUAAGUCUCCAGUACCGCCGAGAUGUUGUCUUCUGUCAAACAUUAACAGCUCUGAUCUGUGGCUUUAUCAUCAAACUGAGAAACUGCCUCCAUGAUGAUGGUUUUCUCCGACAGCUGUACACAAUUGGCCUGCUUGCUCAGUUUGAAAGCCUCCUCAGCACCUAUGGAGAAGAGCUGGCCAUGUUGGAAGAUAUGAGUUUGGGUAUUAUGGACUUGAGGAAUGUAACGUUCAAAGUCACUCAGGCCAUAUCGAACGCAUCAAGUGAUAUGCUGCCAGUAAUAACAGGAAACCGGGAUGGAUUUAAUGUGCGGAUUCCUCUACCAGGCUCUUUGUUUGAUGUUCUCCCUCGUGAAAUUCAGAGUGGGAUGCUGCUCAGGGUUCAGCCAGUCCUGUUUAAUGUGGGGAUUAAUGAACAGCAGACACUGGCAGAAAAGUUCGGCGAUACAUCCCUGCAGGAAGUCAUAAACAAUGAGAGUUUGGUGCGACUUAAUUCAUAUUAUGAGCAGUUCAAAGAAGUCUUGCCAGAAGAUUGUCUCCCUCGGUCUCGGAGUCAAACAUGUCUUCCCGAGCUGCUCAGAUUCCUAGGACAGAAUGUUCAUGCACGAAAAAACAAAAAUGUUGACAUCCUUUGGCAAGCUGCUGAGAUAUGUCGACGACUCAAUGGAGUUCGGUUUACAAGCUGUAAAAGUGCCAAGGAUCGUACUGCUAUGUCGGUGACACUGGAGCAAUGCCUAAUUUUACAACAUGAACAUGGGAUGGCCCCGCAGGUCUUUACACAAGCUUUGGAGUGUAUGAGAAGUGAGGGCUGUCGCCGAGAAAACACCAUGAAGAACGUGGGAUGUCGCAAAUAUGCAUUUAGCAGUCUGCAGCUGAAGGCUUUCCCAAAGCAUUACAGGCCUCCUGAAGGAACGUAUGGAAAAGUGGAAACUUAGGGUCUCCCAAAUGUUUCCUGGGGUUUUCCAUACAACCUCUCUGUAAAUAUGAAUGAAUUCAUGCAUAUAUAUGACUUAUUUUCUUUUUAUGUUCUUGGAGACGAUGCCUGCAUACACUGAGCAUGCCCUAAAGGAUCAACAUUAGUGUGACUUCUCACCAAGGCUGCUUAGGAUUUGAACACUUGAAUACAAGCUUGUUACCGACUUUCCUAAAGAGUUUGAAGGAGUGAGAGAAAUCUAUUGGCUGCCUUUGCACAUGGUUUUAGUAACUCCCCAUUGAAGAUGCCUGCAGUUAAGGGACACGUAACACAUAGCAUGUUUGGACUGCAGCAGUAUAAUACAGUGGAUCAAACUAAAAUGGCCUCAUGUAUGAAAGUGUGUAUGUAAUAGAACUUGCUUUUAGCGGACUAAGAAAAGUAAGGUUGUUUUUUGUACAUGAGGCCCAUAGUUUUUAUGUAUUUUAAGUAACUUGGAUGAAAUGUAGUUCUUAUUUAAGGUUAUAUUAAACAUACUGUAAUUAAGAAGACAUUGAUUUCUUCAGUUUUUCCACACAAGUUUUUUCUUGUGUUUCACACAAACAAUUUUUUGAAAGGUAGUUCAUUUUAAUUCAUGCUCAAUAGUAGUUAUAGCUCAUUAACUUCUGUGUUCUAAAGCUCCCACUUAAAAGAUGGAUGGAAUAACUCAUAAAUACUAUGAAUGAAAUACUUAUCACAAGUGUCAUCUAUGUAAACUAUACAGACAUUAGGGGGCACUUCCUUUUUGUGCACUAAAAUUUAGCAAAUAAUCCUAUUACCCCCCCUUUUCCUUGGUUUUGGAUUGGCCUGUAAAGUGAAAUUUCCGUAUAUACAUGAUUGCCUAAUAAUGGGUGUGUGAGUAAAAACGGUAGACUGGUAAUUAUGGCAUAUCUAGCAUAUCUAAAUCUAGAUUACUACUGCUCUAACGCCUCACCUUCAACAGUCAUGUGGCAUUGUUGAUUUCCUAAAGCUGAACUCUAGGCAAAUGGAUAAAUACACACGUGAAACACAUAUAAAAGAUCUGUUUCGCCUGUCUUAUAAUUUGUAUUUCUGUCCAUCCAAUUCUAAGAUUCAAACAGCCCUGCUAUACAGCACAGUCAGAUGACACUAUAUUCUCUAUUAUAGUUGGGUUAUCCUUUUGUUCAGUAUGCUUUCCUCUCCUGUCAGCAUGUUCAUUGCUAUUGUAUAUUUGCAUGCAGCACAACUUGACAGGCUUGCAGGCCUUUCCUUUCCCAAUCUGAAUGGUGCGCUAUAGGAGAUUGCAAAAAGUCCAAUUCAUAUAUUUAAUAGUAGUUGCAUUUAAAAAAAGCUUUAAUGAUUUAUUAAUGAAUACACAGCUGCAUUAAUGCUUCUUUAUUGUAUCUACCUGGAGUUCAGCUUUAAAAUUUUACAAAUGAAAUGGUGCCAGAUAGUCACAAUUGCAAUGCAAUUUAUAACACUGAAAAUCUGACUAUUCUUUAAGGGGCUCUUCAUUAUAAAGUAGAAAACGCCCCCCAUGAUCCCUCCAAAUUGUCUUGCAACAAGCAGAUGAACUGUUUGCUAGUGUGUUAGUAUGCCCCCCCCCCCCCCAGCCACACGGCACUGAUACGUAUGAUGAUGUCAAUUGUGGCGAAGAGGAAGAAAUUGCCAUGUUGAUUCAAUGUCAGUUCCCACUUUUUUUUGCAUUUCAUAAAUGGUGCUUCUGGUUAGCAACCCAACAUAAACAUUCAAUUCGGAGAAGUGAAUUCUCAGUGCUAUUUUCCUAGAUCUGGAUUGAACUAAUGGGAGAGGAAGGGUGAUGACAUAUGGAGGGGAUUGUUCUCUAAUAGUUAAGCGUUUGGACCCAAUGUAUGCUGAAUCAGGUGGAGCUAAAUAAAGUUAGAACUCUUUAAAAAAUAACCGCAAAUAAAUUAAAAAAAGAGAAUAUAAAUAAGUAAAAUACAGAUGAGAUGUAGUACAGCAUAUUUUUUUUAGAGAGAAAAUAUGCAUUUUCUUUUAAUAUAUUUAACCACAAAUAACAGACAUAGGAGCAGUAAAAUGUUGUGCUGUUGGCCAUUAAUAAAACUAUAUAAAUGUGAAAUUGCUGACAUAACAUUUGUUAGAUAAUUCAAAUUCUAAAUUUAAAAAAUAUGUUGGUAUACUUCAAUGUCAUGAUGAUGAAGUCUAACAACUUUAAAGGUAUGAAUUUUAAAUCUGUUCAGGUAGUAAAAUGUAUUGUAGCCAUGAAAAAUGUAUUUUUUAGAAUAGUAAAUUAAUAGGUGUGUGUUCUAAAUUGCAGCAAGUCUGUUAGUCUACUUAAUUUCCUGUCUGGAAGAGAUCCAGCUCUUUCCCUCCCACCCUGACUGUCCCAGGCCCACCCUUUUCAUUCAUUGAGUUUCGGUUAUUCCAAUCCUAGAGGAUCAGCAUCACAUUUGGCCAUUACCACAGCUUACUGUUUUCAGGAAGUUAUGUAGACCUCCCUGCUGAUCUUGCAUUGUAUAGAGAAGCAAAUGGACAUGGUGAUGAUACCACAGGCUCUGAAAUAGAAGGUAUGCAAUAAAAUAGAAGGUUUUCUUUAUUAUCAUUAACUUGAUAGACUUGGAUAUGGAGAGGUUGGAAAAAACAGGGAAAGCAAAAUAUAUGCAGAUUAUGAUUUGAGGAAUAUUUCUAUCAACUAGAAGCACUAAUUAUUGUUGAUCAGGACAUAAAUAAGACUGUAGUGGGUUUAAGAUAAGGAAAAAUCUUUCCGUGUAUGCCCACCCAUAAUUUUUUAUUUUUUUUAUAUCUUGGUAAUAUUGCAUUUUGUCUCUCCAAGCUGAUUAUUGUAUUGCCUAUAUAAAAUGUUUGCCAUAUUAAUACUGCCCAAAACAUGUCCGAGUUUAUGUUCUGUAAACAAUAGCAAGUAAUGCUGCCAGAAAAGGUAUGAGUAUAAAAUGAGACAAUGUGCUUUAGAGAUUCCCUAAGGAUUUUGAAAUUGUGACACUUCUCAGUAGCCAAGUGCAAGAGCAAAAACCUUGAAAUUAGGCUGAUUUUCUUGCCUGCUACCAACAGGUUUAUAGGACGUAGUGUCCGAACAUGGCAGUAUAAUAAUGAAACAAAUAAGAGGUUUAGGAUUUUUAAGAUAAGACUUGAAUGCAUACCAGAGGAACAAGGGUGGGGGGGGGGGGGUUUACUAAAACAGGCGCAUGCGGAAUCUGGUGCAGCUGUGCAUAGUAACCAAUCGGCUCCCAGAUCUUUUUGGCAAAGCUUCAUUGAACAAGCUAAUGGUAGAAGCUGAUUAGUUAGUAACAGAUUAUGUGUGCACCAGUUUUAGUAAAUAUCCCCCAUAAUGUUUUAACAUAAAAAAAAUAGUUCUAGGAAAAUAUUGUAUAUGAUGCUCAUUUCUAUAUUGGGCUUAACAGAGCAAUUUUUGUCCGUUUAUGUUUUUUGAACUUCAUUUUAAGUAUAAAAAAAAAACAUUAGGCUAAAAGCAUGCAUAUUUAUUUUGCAACAAUUCAAAAUGUAUAUAAUUUGGAAUUUGUCAUCGAGUAUUAUUAGGGUAUUCAUUUCGGAUAUGCAUAUUGUAGCAGUUGGAGACCCCAAAGUGGAAGAAUUGAUAGCACUGCUGUGUUUUUCUGUCUUUCGAAUGUAGACAAGGCUAUUGACCUUUCACAGUCAUACACCGCAUGUUCAGUUGUGUGUGUGUGUGUGUGUGUGUGUCAUUCAAGUCAUUCAUCAAUAGCUAGCAAACUCCCAUUAAGUUUUUUGUAGAGUAUUUUUUUGAAACAUAAAAUUAUAUAAAAUCUGUAAAUGAUGUCCACCAAAUAAUGAAAGGAAUCUAUAUUGAAUAAGAUUAUAUUUAUGGAAAGUAGGCCUUUUGGAGGGAAAAAAUCUAUUUAUUGUCAUAUGGAACCGUGUAUGUAUAUGUAAGUAAAAAUAUACCUGUGGCCAAUGCUUUAGAAUCCUCAUGAUUCUCCUCUUUUGAGUCUGAUGACUGAGGGACAGGGGUUAGUAUUGGCCUGAAAUAGGCUUUAAAUAUCGUUUGAUAAAACAUUGGGAAAGACUAAAUUCACCGUGACAAAAACAUAAAUUCCAGAACUACAGACUAAUAAAAUAUGUAUACAUAAUAUAAAGUUAUCUUAAAAAAAAGUCUCCAAGGACUAAUAAUAGUACGUGUUUUCCACACUUCCAGGUGCAAAUUUAGUGGAAAUAUACAAAUGAUCACAAAUUAAAUUGGAAUAAAUACAAUAACUGAAAACAUGCAUUAUUUGUUUCUAGUCACCAGUCUAAGAAAUUGCGGGUCUCUUUCAAACUACCUGAAAGGAAAACUGUGACCACAAAUCAAAUUUUUCCCCUUCAUUUUGUCCAUUAGUGUUGGAAAAUGAAAAGGUGAAGUCAUACGUAACACAGGGUUUCUUUAGAAAGCAUCCUUAAAUAUCUUUGGAGCCAAGCUCCACUGGACACCUCCUAUAUCCGUCAUAGUCUAGAUUCUAAAUGUGGUAUAGAUAUACCAAUUUCUCUUUCCUAAGAACAUUUAUGCAGCUAACUUUCUUCGUACAUUCUAUAAAUGCCAAUGCAAAAUAAAUGUCUUAUUUUCAUAUAAACAACCAAUGUGCAUUAAAUAUAGCCUAGUCAUAAUACCACACAGACAACAUUUAGUUUUCCUUAAUUUGUAUUUAUUUUUUACUUUGGAAAUGCCAGAAUACAUGGGUCUCUUUGUUAUAGCAGUUUAUAUUGUGCAGACAAGUAAUUUAUGAAACCGCCUUGUUUGUUACUGACUUAUAUGAAAAAAAGGGACUUGGUAACCAUAUAGCUAGCCAGUCUAUUGGUAGCCAUUUAGGAUUGUCCUUAUCUUCUGUCAGUAGUCGGUGUCUACUAAUUUGUACAAUUAUCCCAAACUUUUCUCACGUGUUAUCACACAUAGGUGUGUGUUUUGUGAUGAGUACAUCUGUUAAAUGUCACCCGAUGCGCUUGGUAGUGGGGCAGUUAAGAGGUUCUGACAUAAAUGAAGUAUCAUGUGAUGCUUAUUGGUGGCUGACAAUCUCUAUAAUAGGUUUGGGAUUCAGGCUGUAUAUCUGUGAUGUACAAACUCCUUUGCUCCAAAAUGACUCUGGUUUGUACAAGGUAUGCACCAGCUUGGCAGCUGUAAUUUAUCUUAAUUAUUACUGUAAGACCACCUACAUACAGUCUGGGAUGUCAGUGUUCACAUUUAAAGUGAAAAGGGGGGGGGGGGGUAAUACAAUAAUUGCUUGUAGGUCCCUGCUUUAAAGUCUGAUAAUGUUUGAGGUCCAGGAGUGAUCAUGGAGCCUCCCAUCCUUUGCCCCUCUGAAAAGCAGGAGAAAUUCCAAGGUCUACAGGGUCUUGUAGAGGUGGGAAUGUUAACUUGGUCAUGUUUUGUAAACUUGUAAAGAUAUUGUAUGAUACCGUUUUCAUUUUUUUUUUAGGCUUUUAUACUUGCAAAGCACUAUUCACUUUUUAAUGUAUUUAAUUUUGCCAGUAUUAUGUAUAUGGUUACCAUAGUAAUAUUUUAUCUCUGCUCUGUGUAAUUGCUGUAAAUGUGCUAAUAUUGAAAUAAACGGCUGUCACAUGUCCUUUA